AUGAACAAUCAGGGCCAGCCUGGCCAGCCUGGCCCCGCGGCCGGUCAAGCCGCUCCGGCUGCGAAUCGAGCGUCGCCCAUGUAUCGACCCGAAAUGAUGCGUAACUUGCCGAUUCUGAACGACGAAGAGAAAGCCAAAUAUGAGCGCGGCCUCCGUCAGCUUUGGAACCACUUUGAGACGCAUCCUGAGGAGUCAGCCCAGCACCAGGACGCGAAAAAGAAGAUUCAGGACUUCACGAAGAUGCUUCUUAACAAGUUGCAGCAGCGGAGGUUCCAAGUCCAGCAACAGCAGCAAGCCCAGCAGCAGCAGGCUGGUCAGCAGACGCAGCAGCAGCAGCAGCAGAGCCAGCCCGCGCAGGCUUCUACUCCCCAGCAGCAACAAUCUCAGUUGCCUCAACAGCAGGCGCAGCAGCAAGCCGCGAACCAGAAUGCUGGCGGAGUCACCGUCAAGACCGAACCCAAAACCGAAAGCACACCGGCGACGACAGCAGAGCCCGCGCAGGCUCCCACCCCCGCCUCGGCCCCAGCUCCAGCCGCCACCGCGCCAACUCCCGCCACGACCCAGCAGACACCACAGACGAGCCAGUUCCCGGAGCACAUUUUGGUACACAUUCGCUCAAUGACCUUCCAUCCGCCCAUGUCUGUCAUCGAUAAGGGAACCGAAGCUGCGGCCCGCUGGUCAAACGACUUCAAGGCUAAGUACCUUCGAGCGUUGAUGCAGAUGGACCAGCAGGGAACCCAGAUGAAGCGUAUCGAUCAGGUCAUCAGGGACAGACAGGAGAAGGGCAACCCGUACACCCCCGACGAGAUUAAGCAGCUACAGAUCCGACGCGAGCACGCAAACAAGAUGUACCAGGAGGCGCACAAGUUUGUGGACAACUUCCGCAAGAGCCAGGAAACCAUCAACAAGCAGCGUGCCGCCGCCGGACAGGCCACCGGUGCUCGACCUCAGCAGCCUCAGCAGCAACAGCAGCAGCCCAGCCCAGCCGUUGCAGCAGCUCAGAAUCCGGCUACUCAGGCUGGCGCCCAGCCUAGCCCGGUGCCUGCUGCAGCCGGCACUCCUGUGAUGCAGAAUCAGAACGCGACCGCGGUGAAUGCGGCUCUCGAGGCUGCGAAAAAUCAGGCUGCGCGUAAUACUCCUCCGAACCAGCAGGCGCAACAGGCACACCAGGCCCAGCAACAGGCGCAGGCGCAAGCACAACAGCAACAGCAGCAGCAGCAGCAGCAGCAAGCAGCGCAACAACAAACUCAAACUCAGGCUCAGGUUCAGGCACCCACCCCUUCGGCCCCGACUCCGACAACUUCUCAACCUGCCCAACCUCAACAGGCAGUCGCACCUCCGCCGCCGCAGCAACAACAACAGCAGCAGCAACAGGCGCAGCAACAACACCAACAGCAGUUGCAGCAGCAGCAACAGCAGCAACAGCAACAACAAAUGCAGCAGCAACAGCAGCAGCAGAUGCAACAACAGCAACAGCAUCAGCAAGCGAUGGCUGCCCAGCAACAACAGCAACAGCAACAGCAGGCGCAGCAGGCGCAGCAGCAGCAGCACCCGCCUCCUGUCAACACCGCAAUCGCCUCCGUCUCUGCCGCCGGCGGACUUCCUUCGGCAGGCACCCCGACCCAGAACCGCGUCGCGACUCCCCAGUCAGCUGUCGCAGGCGGACCUGGCCAGGCGCUUUCUCACUCCGCCGCCGUCUCUCGCGCAAACCAGCGCAUGAACUCCCAAACCUCCAUUCCCCUUCAACAGCAGCAACCUACUAGCACUCCUGGAUCUGCCGGCGCUCAGGGAGUGAUGGGAUCCGGAGCUAUCCCUCAGCAACCGUCGCAUCCUACCCAGCCCACGCAGACCCUGGUCUCCAAGCUUCCCAUUCCAAAGCAGCUUCCCGAGAAGGCGACCGCCGUGCCUACGCCUGUCGCGAUGACUGGUGGUGCUGGAGCCGGUCGCCCUACCUACACUGGCGGUGGCGGCGUUGCUGGAGGUGUUAUGGGCCAGCCCGCGAUGACUAAGAUCCCCGCGUACGUCCAUGAGGCCGAAGGCGAUCACGUGCUCAGCAAGAAGAAGUUGGACGAGCUUGUCCGUCAGGUCUGUGGUGGAAGCGGCGAGGGUCAGGACCCCAACAUGCUGACCCCCGAGGUCGAAGAGAGCGUCUUGACCAUGGCCGACAGUUUCGUGGACAACGUCCUCGAGACCGCUUGCCGCAACGCCAAGGAGCGCGGAUCCAAGGUCCUCGAGAUCCGCGACAUCCAGCUGGUCCUCGAGCGCACCUACAACAUUCGCGUCCCGGGUUACUCGUCUGACGAGCUGCGUACCGUGCGCAAGAUCCAGCCCUCAACCGCCUGGAUCACCAAGAUGAGCGCUAUUCAAGCCGCCAAGCAGGCACCGGCGCCCAAGAAGAAGCGUGCUUCGGUGAAGCGUGGCGUGGCCAAGAGUGUUCGGUUUUUCGAGGGCGAGGAGAGUGGCAAUAGUGAUGGCGGUGCUUCUCGGGCUACCACCCCCGUCCCAGGCUUUUCGCAGUCGGUCACUCCGGUCAAGGGUUCUUCAAAGGCUGCUCCGGCCAAGGGUUCCUCCGUGACUUCUACGCCGGUCAAGGGUUCUUCAAAAGCUGCCGCUACGGCCAAGGGUUCUUCUCGGACUUCUACACCCGCCAAGAGCCGUCAGACCGCGUCUGGUUCUCUUCAAGGCUUCGGCUCGGGCUUUGGCUCCUCUGGAGCGAACUCGCCGGCUAAAGGACCAGCUAUGAUUCAGUACCCUACACCCGAGGAGUGGAACGAGAACAGUUCGGAUAACCAGCAUUACCCGGACCAGAUCGAGAUCAACUGGAAGAAGGCGUAG